AUGAAGUCCUUUGCGACCCUGGCGUUGCUGGCCAGCGGCCUGUCUGGCGCGCAUGCGGCUCUGGCGCCGCCUUGCAAGAACUGCCGGCAAGACGAGUGCAUGGACUUCACCGAUGCGUACGUACAUCAGCUGACACGGCCAGCCAUCAUCCAGGAAGACUGCGGCGACUACCUGAUCGUCGUGGAGACGCCUAGUUCCGAGUUGGAGGUCGCGACGACAACAGUCACCGUCAUUCCCACAGAGACUUUCCGAGUCACCGUCCCCUCCUCCACAGUCUUGGGCAUCGUCAUCACCACUAUCCCCGUGACUGCGACUGCUACCGUCAACUACUAUGUGACGGAGCCGUUUUCCGUGACUGAUACAGUCACCGAGGCGGAGACGUAUACCGUCACGGAGACGUCGGCCGUCAUCUCUCGACGUUUCGCGGACGAUGAGGACUACGCCAUUCCUCACUACGCGUCAGCCUGCACCGAUGUUUACGAGUACUCGUCGGCGUGCAGCUGCGUGGGCUUUGUGCCCUCCACCAGCACGGCCCCGGCGCCUAUGUCGACGAGCACCGUGACCGAGAUUACGACGCCGUACACGGUCACGAUGACCACCACGGUUCAGGAGGGCGCCGUCACGCCCGACCCUGAGGUCAUCUCGGUCACAAUGAUGGGCGCUACCGUGACCCAGAGCAAUAUCCUGGGAACCGACACUGUAGUGACGACUGUCGCCACCACGACGGUCACCGAGACGUUUUACACCACCACGACGGUCGCUCCGCCCGCGGCUCCCACCGUGACGGCCUAUCUCAGUGUCGGCAACGGCCAGUACCUGGACGCAAGCCUGAGCCAAGACUAUCAAGAUGCGGCUCCUUUGUUUAUCGCUUCGACGACGUCCCCAACGCGCUUUGUCCUCAAUGGUGCAGACGGAUCCAUAGACGUGGAUAGCGGGCCCGCGCCUACAUUCCAGUACACUCUAUGGCUCGUCGACUACGGCGUAAGAGUUAGCUAUAAGGAAGUUGGGGUCUUGACUCAGUCCAGUGCCGAAGGAAGCGGCAUAUCGGAAAAGCUCAGCUGUGGCCUGGAUUCCUCGGAUCAGCUCACUUGCCGCUCCAGCCUCGACUCAGCAGAAAUGAGUGAGCUAUGGAUAUGCAAUAAUUAUCCCAUCUUCAUCCCCAAGCCGGGCCGGGCACCAUCUGAGAGUUGCGCGGCCCCCAGACGCCUCACAGUCACGGCAGUUCGUGCCUAGACCAAGACAGACAGCCGGCGCGGACAAGCCAGCGUAUGUAGACUGGGUGGCGGAGGUAUCGGACUGGAUACUUCUGGUUGGAC